GCUAUUUUCCUUUUAAAUAUAUAUGUAUAUUUUAUUUUAUGUUAUUUUAUCGAAGUUUCAAGACAAAAAGAAUAGAAUUAGGCAAAUUCUUCAUCCCAAGAUCUCCCACAGUCGGAGUCAGAGCCUUCUUUUACUCUUUCCAUAGCUCUCUCUCUCUCUCUCUCUCUCUCCCUCGUUCUUAUGCUUAUUCUUCUUAUUCUUCUUUCUUUCUCUUUUUCCUCCAUAGUCCGUAAUAUAUGAUUUCAUCUGGCUACUUGCUCCUUUGCCGUAUAUGAUUCAAGUUUUUAUAAUAUGGAAGAGGGUUCAUCCCGAGAUCUUCCAUACGUCCUUCUCACUUAAAGGUCUCAUCUUCAAUGAAAAAUGAGCAGUAUACAUGACAAUAAUAUUUCCAUGAAAUUCAAGCGAGAUCUGCUCCCGAACCUUUCCAUUGAAAAGAGUGAAACAAAACUUUGCUACACGAGAUCCAAUUCACAAACCCACAGCUAAAAUCAUCCUUCUUUUCUACCUCGUUUCCUUGCUUCCUAUUCCAUUCACAAAGCAACCCUCAAAAAGUCCCUUCCUCCAGUUGGUUGCCAGCCCUUCUUUGCUCUCUUAGAAGUGGGACAGCGAGUACAUACUUUGGGUUUCUGGGUGGCCCAUCUAUUUAAGUAAUGGAGGGAGAAGAUAUGUGUAUCAUUUUACUAGCCGCAAUUCUCCCAUCAGCUAUGCGGAUACACAUAUUUUAACCCAGUAAUGCCCAUUUUGAGCAAGAUCUCUGAAUUUCCAGAGAAGGUGGGGAGAUUAUCAUUUUUUAUUCUUUAAUCAGAAGAGAUUGAGAAGUGAUCAGUAAUUAUAGGCACAGAUCCUGCAAGGAGGGGAAGGCGGAACAUGGCAUCGUCAUCGAAUUCUCCAUGUGCAGCCUGCAAGUUUCUGAGGAGAAAAUGCCAACCGGAAUGCGUCUUUGCUCCCUAUUUUCCACCGGAUCAGCCCCAAAAAUUCGCAAACGUGCACAAAGUAUUUGGGGCAAGCAAUGUUACGAAGCUACUAAACGAGUUGCACCCCUCCCAACGCGAGGAUGCCGUGAAUUCUUUGGCAUAUGAGGCCGAUAUGCGUCUUCGCGACCCAGUCUACGGCUGCGUCGGGGUCAUCUCUCUCUUGCAGCACCAACUUCGCCAGCUGCAGAUGGAUCUAAGCUGUGCCAAAUCUGAACUCUCAAAAUAUCAGAACCUAGGCAUCACUGGCCAUGCCGGUCUAUUUGCUGCUGCGGCUGCUGCUGCAGCCACGGCUACCACACAAAAUCAUAAUCAUCACCACCACCAUACUCAGAACCUUGGCAUCAAUCUGAUCGGAGCUGGCGGUGGGGGAAGGGACCACCACUACCACCACCAAUUAUUUCCCAGGGAUCAGCAGCAGAUGACGAGGAGCUUUGAUGCUGCCAACAACUACGAUGCAAGCCUUCUGGCCAUGAAUGUCUCUGCAAGUAUCGGACAGCUGAGUCAGUUCCAGCAACCCAGGGCUGCUGCGGGAGAUGACCGCCGCACCAUUGAUCCAUCUUAGUUUUCUGAUUAUUGCCUGGGCUGGACUGUGAAGGAAUCACUCAAACUAGAGAUGGCAAUUUUUAUUUUCAGUUGAUAUCCGAUGCAUAGAGAAAUUUUGCUAUGUCAAGUUUACUUUAUUUUCCCCCCUAUUUCAACUGUCUAAAAUCAUCUAAAGGAUAUAUGUUUGCCAUGCCAAAAAUGUACUUGCUUCUCCAGCAUCACCAGUAGUUCGUGGGGUUUUUUUGCCUCUUAAAAUGUGCCAUGGCAGGCAUGGACUGGUUUUGUUUCCAUCCCCUUGAAAUUUUCUCUCUUUAAACAGUUAAACAGACAACAAUAUUAUUUGCAAUUUGAAGCUACAUUUUUCCUUUUC